CUGGGUCUUUCAGUGGGUUGUAGGUCCCCGCAAUUUGUCAAAAAUGGCAGAUUUCAGUGGGUUUAACCAGUCAUGCCAAGAAAAGCUUCCAUUGGUGAUUGCCUGCAUGGCCUUUCUAAUUGCUACGGCCAUGGCAAGCAAGAUACACACUCACACUUUUGUUAUACAAUCAAAGACUGUAACGAAGCUCUGUGCAACGCAUAAUAUAAUUACAGUGAACGGGCAGUUACCAGGUCCGACGCUCUAUGUUAGCAAUGGGGACACUCUCAUUGUUAAAGUCUUUAACAAGGCGCAGCACAACGCUACCAUCCACUGGCAUGGAAUUCGGCAGUUGAGAACAGCGUGGGCCGAUGGACCAGAGUAUAUAACUCAAUGUCCAAUUCAACCUGGAGGAAACUACACCUACAGAUUCACCAUUACCGGCCAACAAGGUACUCUGUGGUGGCAUGCGCACAGCUCAUGGCUUAGAGCUACAGUGUAUGGAGCUCUCAUUAUUUCUCCCACACAGGGAGAAUCUUAUCCAUUUAGCAAGCCCGAUCAAGAGAUACCCAUCCUGUUGGGAGAAUGGUGGAAUGCGAACCCCAUAGAUGUCAUCAACGAAGCUACACGCACAGGAGGCGGCCCUAACAAUUCAGACGCAUUCACUAUUAAUGGCCACCCAGGAGAUCUCUACCCAUGUUCAGCUUCAGAUACAUUCAGAGUUGCUGUGAAGACAGGGCAAACAAAUCUUCUCCGAGUGAUAAACGGUGCACUGAAUACCGACCUGUUUGUCACCCUUGCUAACCACGAGAUGACCGUUGUAGCAGUGGAUGCAUUAUAUACAAAGCCCCACAAAACACAAGUUAUCAUGUUGGGACCAGGGCAAACUACAGAUGUGCUUGUGAAUUUCACUAAGACUGCAGGCAGAUUUUACUUGGCUGCUCGUGCAUAUGCAAGUGGUCAGGGAAUAUCAUUUGAUAACACCACUGCUACUGCAAUUUUUGAGUACAGUAAAGGAAGUUUAUCCACCUCUGUAACACCCAAACUGCCUAAGCUUCCCAUGUACAAUGACACCAAGACUGUGAUCAAAUUUGAAAAGAGUCUUAGAAGCCUGGCUUCUGUAGACCACCCUGUUUCAGUCCCUCAGAAAGUUGAUGAAAAUCUUUUCUACACAGUAGGAUUGGGACUAAUCAACUGCCCCAACCAGUCAUGUGCAGGACCCAAUGGAGCAAGAUUUGCAGCAAGCAUGAAUAAUCACUCAUUUGUGCUGCCAAAAUCCAUGUCAAUACUGCAAGCCCACCAUUUUGGCAUAAAGGGGGUCUUCACAAAGGGCUUCCCUGAUAACCCUCCAUUGCAGUUCGAUUAUACUUCUAAGAAUAUCAGCACUGGCCUCUGGUUUACUGAGAAAAGCACCACAGUAAAAGUACUGAAAUACAAUACGGCAGUGCAAGUCAUUAUUCAGGGCACAGGUAUCUUGGUGGCUGAAAGUCAUCCGAUUCAUCUUCAUGGGUAUGAUUUUUACAUAGUGGGAUCCGGAUUCGGUAACUAUAAUGAGGAGAAAGAUUCUAAGAAGUUCAAUUUGGUUGAUCCUCUCAAGCGCAAUACUGUCAAUAUUCCAGUCAAUGGAUGGGCCGCCAUCAGAUUUGUCGCUGACAAUCCAGGGACAUGGUUGUUCCACUGUCACUUGGAUUUGCACAUAGGGUGGGGUUUAGCCAUGGUGUUUGUGGUGCCUGAUGGACCUGACUACGUCUCCACUCUAGAGAAACCUCCUUCUGAUCUUCCAAAAUGCUGAAAAAUUAAAAAAAUUUACAGUUUUGAGUUUAAUUUGUUUUGAGAAUGCUUA